CCAAUUGCGAACCGCCAACGCCAGCUUCGCGGGACCCCGGGCGGCGCGCCUCCGCUUCCCCCAGCCUCGCGGGUCCCCGGGCGGCUUCGGGAUGAUCGGCCAGAAGACUCUCUACUCCUUCUUCUCCCCGAGCCCCGUCGGGAAGCGACGCGCCCGCAGCCCCGAGCCGGCCGACCCGGGGACCGGCGUGGCGGGCGGAGCUGAGGAGAGCGGGGAUGCAGCGGCCAGCCCCGCCAAGAAGGCCCGGGCGGAGCAGGAGGAGCCCGGCACGCCGCCCUCGUCGCCGCUGAGCCCCGAGCAGUUGGUCCGCAUCCAGAAGAACAAGGCCGCGGCCCUGCUGAGACUCGCGGCUCGCAACGUGCCGGUGGGCUUCGGGGAGAGCUGGAAGAAGCACCUGAGCGGAGAGUUCGGGAAGCCGUAUUUUAUUAAGCUAAUGGGAUUUGUUGCAGAAGAAAGAAGACGUUACACUGUUUACCCUCCCCCACACCAAGUCUUCACGUGGACCCAAAUGUGCAACAUAAGAGAUGUGAAGGUUGUCAUCCUGGGACAGGAUCCAUAUCAUGGACCCAAUCAAGCUCAUGGGCUCUGCUUUAGUGUGCAAAGACCUGUCCCGCCUCCGCCCAGUUUGGAAAACAUUUAUAAAGAGCUGUCUACGGACAUAGAUGGUUUUGUUCAUCCUGGCCAUGGAGAUUUAUCUGGGUGGGCCAAGCAAGGUGUUCUCCUGCUCAACGCUGUCCUCACGGUCCGGGCGCAUCAGGCCAAUUCUCACAAGGAGAGAGGCUGGGAGCAAUUCACCGAUGCGGUUGUGUCCUGGCUAAAUCAGAACUCGAGUGGCCUCGUUUUCUUGCUCUGGGGCUCUUACGCUCAGAAGAAGGGCAGUGCCAUCGAUAGGAAGCGCCACCACGUGCUGCAGACCGCCCAUCCCUCCCCAUUGUCAGUCUACAGAGGAUUCUUUGGGUGCAGACAUUUCUCUAAAACCAACGAGCUGCUGCGAAAGUCUGGCAAGGAGCCCAUCAACUGGAAGGAUCUGUGA